AUGGCGCAGUUUGCACAGCCUGCAGUCACGCUGAUGCCACCUGCUGGCCAUUGCUUGGAGCAGCAGAGAAUGCGCGGAGAAAAGUGGGAAGCAGAGCCUGCAGGCCGAUGGAAACGGCCAGAGAUCAUGGAUCGCUUGCUGGAGAUGGGCGAAUGCCUGGAUCGCACCAUGCGCGACGCCACCGGGCGCCUGUUCACACUAUCUGCUUCAGAUCUCAUGGAGGACGUUUGUAGCUUCGUCUUCCUGACCUUCGCUUGGCCCAAGAUCUGCUAUAUGCAGGACAUCCUGCAACAGGACGAGUUGAAGGAAAGGGUACUGAAAGACAAGGAGAAGAACGACAUUUCCGAAUGGUCCCAUGUUCUACGAAGGAUUCUGCCAAUGCUUUUGCGAACCUUGGAGAAGGUGGCCACAGUGGAUGCUCUGACCUUGUGCAGUGCAGGCGAUGCCUUGGCGCAACUCUUCCUGCAGGAGAAGGACAGCAAGAGCGCGCAGAGCGAAUUGGGC